GCCAGUUGAUUUAAAAAUACAAAACAUACAUGUAAUCAUAUAUACAAGUCUAUGCUGUACUUUUAACAUGAUCUUGAUGAAACUAUGCAAAUUGAGAUAGGCCUAAUAAAAAUUCUCACUGUGAAAAAAAUGUCAUUGUGAACCUCGAGGUUGCCUAUCUAUUUAUAGGAUAUAUAAAAAUAUACAAUUAUAAUUCCAAUGUUUUUUUUUUAUCAUGGCUAUUUGUAGCCAAUCUGGUGCUGAGCUUCAUGAUGCAGGUUUUAUAUUGGUGAUAUUGAGAUUUGAUGAGUGAGAUUGGUGAGCCAGAUAAAAACAUCCAUGAAUAUUGGGUCAUUUACGGAGGAACUGCACCUGUUGUUUUUUUUCGCAAGUUUGAUAAAUGAGCACUGAGUCCGCCUAACUUUUAAUUUAAAAGUGUGCAGCUCGUCUCUGAUUGGAUAAUGACGUUAGGGCGGGAGGAGAAGCACGAGCUCCUCGUUCACGGCUUCAGCUGACGUCACCAACGAGCCAGUAGUAGCGCCGCCGCGUCUGCAGAGUGGAGAACGCAUCAGAAAUCUUCGGACUACCGGACUACUUUGUACUACUUUCAUAAAACUUAUUUUGGACAAAUCUACGAUUGGAAGAUCCGUGGCUAUUCAAUCGAUCCGUGGCUAUUGCAAAAAAGUUUGCAAGGUGGCAUUUGUUCUUCAGUGCAAAUAUGUGUGACGCAGAGCGAACCUUCCUAGAUGUCGCCAUCACUGAAUUCCUACCAGAACUUCCAGCAGUAAACAAAACCAUCCUGGAAGAGCACUUGCAGUCCCUUGGUGUGGAGAUGGCUGAUGAUCUACGCUUCGUAACGGAGGCUGAUUUGAUGACAGCGUUAAGACCUGUACAAGCCAGAAAGCUUCUUUCUGCUUGGAAACGGAAAUACCAGACUCACGAGAACAGCUCACCAUCAUCUGAGGCAGCCUCAUCUACCCAAUUGCUGUCAUAUCUCUCAGUUUCACCCGGAAGUUCAUCGUCAACCUCCAACAGCAGCCGAGUACUUGAAAAACAGUGGGACGACAACUUUGAAAUUCCAUGGAGUAAGUUUCCUGAGGAAGUGAUGCAUUAUCUUGAGAGGGGAAAAAGGCCAGGCCCAAAACGGAGGAGGCAAAUGGUCCGGAUUGUUGUGACUGAGAUGAUGGAAAAAUGCCCUCAUGUAGGCAAAAAGCAUUCAACUGACGUUGCAAAAAAAAUGGUCGCAAAAUAUCCACAUUCUCUGCAAGAUGUAAAAGAGGGCGAUAUUGUUGGAGCAGGCUACCUUUCCCUUGUCAAACAGUUGCAAAAUAGAAUCGAAAAUGCAAGGCGCACUUCAACACCCAAAAUAAGAAAAAGAAAACAUCAGACUGAUGACUCAGUCGACACAGACGAGAUCCCAUUGGAAGAGAGAGCAGCAAUGCAGGACACGUAUGGAUGCAUUAAAUGGAAUGUAGAAUUUCUGCCCCGUGAAGAAACUCCAGAGAGCCAGCAGCAAAAGAUGGAAAAACUCAAGGUGAUGUUCCAACACUCAAUGAUGCCAAUCCAGAGGAGGUAAGAUUUAAUGAAGUCCACUUUUUACACACAGCGACAACAUGUCAACCUGGGAAAAAGCCUUAGAGAGGAGUGGCCGUUUUGCUUUGAUGAACUCGGCAUGUCAGUUCACUUCAAGGAACUGACUGGGAUUAACCUCAAAGAGACAUUCACACAAAAUUUGGAUUUGAAGGGAAAAAGGCUUCUCGACUACAUGGCCACAGUUUGUGUCAGCAAGAGCAAGUUUCUUCAGACUUAUGCAAGGCUUCAGAGAAUGCGGGGACAGCAGAGUGGCUGUUCAGAUGACGUGAAAGAGAUGCUCCUGCUUCUGCUCAGCUACUUUGAUGAGAAGGAGGAGUCCAUGUUCUUCCAUGUAGAAGAUACAUGUCUGGCAGAAGAGGUCCAACUGGAACAAGUGCCUCUGACACCCACUGUCAUUGUCUGUGGACAGUCCUGCUAUUCCUCAACAAGGUACAUGCUGAGUCUGGAUCGGAACCUUGUCAACACAAACAUCUCCUCCUUCAUUUCUGCAUUGUGCCUCAUGUUCGGGAGCUACUACAUUUUCAACAUCCAUUAUCCAUCUGAUAGAGCUGUAGCGAUGCGUCGAUGA